ACAAAAUGGCGACGGGUGCCAAAAUGUCGUUCAACUAUUACCAAAAUGGGAAGUAUGGCACCCUGCCGCAAAAUCCACAAAAAGACAUGGAAGUUACACACGAUAUGCAUCUUAAAAUGUCUAAGAAAAUUGCUCAGCUCACAAAGGUUAUCUACGCUCUGAACACAAAGAACGAUGAACACGAAGCCGUGCUACAGAGCGUCAAGGAGCAGCAUGAGACCGAGAUGCACCAGCUGCUGGCCGAGACCAAGGAGAAGGUGGAGCUCUACCGGUCGAAGAUCAGCGCCGACUCGCAGACCAUGACCAAGAUCCGAUCUCUCGAGGAGUGCAUCGACGAGCACGAACGACACAGAGCCCGAGCCCAGGAGGACAUCGAGAACUUCAAGAGACUGGCGGAGGAACGGGAGUGCAACCUGAAGGUGGAGCACUCUCAGAGGAUUCUAGAACUCUCACAGCAGGUCCUGGACAUGAAGCAAGAGUUUGAGGGAAAACUCGAACAGUUCGAAGAAUGGAAACAGAAGGUGGAGAUACAGAAGGCUAGGGAGACUGACGAACUCCGACAGAAAUUCGACAUAGAGAGGGAUGAAUUGCGACAUUUUCAUAGGACGCAAAAUAGCGAUUGGUUAAACGAAUGUUCCUUAAUAGAAGAGAAAUUUAAGGAGGAUAUAGAAAAUUAUAAGAAUCAAAUUGUCGUACUGCAAAGUGAAAAAGUUCAAAUUGAAGAAGAAUGUGAACAAAAAUUGUUAAAGGCACAAGCAUUUUAUGAAAAGGAACUAGCGGCUAUAAAAUCGGACCAGAAUGCUUCUAUGGAAGCCGAGAUUCAGUGUCUGAAGGAACAACAGGAAAACAUGAGGAAGGAUUUUAGUGCUAUGGAGAGAGAGCUCAAACUCCAGAUUGAUCGUUUAGUUGAGCAGCUCACGGAAAGUGAAGACACAGUGGAAAAAUACAAACUAGAAAUUACAAAGCUCACAAAUUGCCUAAACGACAAAGACAGCAGUUCAAGUUAUCUUAAUGAGCAGGUAGAAGUUUUGAACAAAGAGGUUUCAAGAUUAAUUUCGAGACUUAAAGAUGUUGAGACAGACCUAACAAACUCACAAGGUCGAUGUUCUACCCAGGCUGAUGAUUUGAGAGAGAAAUCAAGCAAGUUGGGUGAGCUGGAAGCAGUCACUAUGCAUCAGACCGACUUGAUAAAACAGCUCCAGGACCAGCUAUCCAUGUUAAAUGACAAGCUCAAGUGGCUGGAAAGCGAGCGGAAUAAUCUGAUGAGGCAGCGCGACAGUCUGACGGAGGAGCAGACAUCACAGAUGAAGAAUCUCGAACAAUCACUGGAGGACUUGUCCAUAGAGAAGCAGACUCUACAGCAGCGGUUGGAACGGGAAAUCAAAGGUGUUCAGGAUCGGUCGGCAGAGCGGGAAAAACUGCUGCUGGCAGAACAUGCUGCCCUGCUGAACAAGCUGAACAGAGAACACAAGGAAGAGAUCGAGAAAAUAAAGACGGCGUCUGCAGAUGUGUUGGCACAAACCAAAGAGGAUCUGGAAAAGAAACUGCGAGAUGAAACCGCUCGUCUCACCUUGGAGAAGGAAAGCAUGUCAAACGAGUUCGAGAGAGUGAGAGCAGAACUCUUCUCAAAAUUACAGGCAGCAGAAAACGAGGUGAAACGUCUUGAGCAGCUAGUCCAACAGAGUGAGCAAGGUUUGGGUUCCGCGUCCUCCCAUCUCCAGAGUUUGAAGGACGCCUCGACGAGACUCAAGUCAGAGCUGGACAGCACGAGAGCAGAUCUUAAAACAAGCAAAAUAGCAGCAGCAAAUCUCAGGGCUGAACUGGAGAAGUUACAACUGCUUCACGACAGCAAGCUGGCCGAGCACGAGCUCGAGAUGAAGACACGACUAGAAAACCUCGCCGCACAACUUGACAACAAGUGGACAGAAACCAUGAGAACUGAGUGUAAGAAGCUGCAGGUUGAACUCACACAGCAGAAGGAUGAUGAGAAGAAGGCGGCGCUAGACAAACUGUCGUCUUUAAAAGACGAGGAAAUCAUCGCCAUCAGGAGGGGCUUGGAGAAAACAGUUAGUGAACUGCAGAAGCAGAUUGAGAAUCUACUGAGGUCGAUUAUGCAGAAUGAGAACAAGUCUGAGAGUUUGAAGGAGAAGUUGACGGUGGAGGCCGAUGCUGAACGCAGACGACUUCAGCAGGAGAUGGUUGACGCGGCCGCCAACUACGCCAGCAAGGUGGAACAGCUGGAGGCUGCACACAGAGAGGAGAUUCGCAAACUGCAGGACAGUUACGACACUAACAUGGAGGACUGGGAGUCAAAGCUGAAGGCCAAGCACAUCGAAGACCUGCAGGCUCAGAUGUUGGCCCACAAGGCCACCAUAGAGGGCAUCCAGCAACAGGCAGAGCAGGUGAAGCACGCACAGCUGGCCGAGCUGGCAGAAAAACACAAACUGGCACUAGAUCUGCUAAGAAGUAAUUUGAUGGAACAGCACGUUGAAGAAUUGGAACGCCUGAAAAAAUCCCACCAAGCUGAACUUCAAACAGCCAGAAUGGAACUGCAGAGAGCUGUGGAAAUUUCGAAACAAAGGGACAAAGAUCAUCAGAUGAGAGCAGAGGAACUGCAAGGGGAGAUCACUCAUCGAGAACGACACAUCAGAAAUCUUGAGGACGACCUGAAGAGUCUGAAAGCAGACUUGGCCAAACUGAACAGGGAGAUAGAUAUAAAAGGCAAAGAAAUACUCAGGAUUCGCAGCGAGGCAACAAACCAGCUUAAGUUACGAGAAGAGCACUGGAGCAAGGAGACGAGGCUGGCGCUGGAAAACUUGUCUGCUGACCACAUGCGCGACACACAGGACAUGGUGAACCAGUUCAACGCUGCGCAGUCUGUACUGAAGGACAAAAUCUCCGAGCUACAGAUACAACUGGAUGAGGCAGAAGAGAGAUAUGACAACAGAGAUUCACGCCCCGAGGACCUGGAACUCAUAGAACAGCUACGAGAUGCCAUCCAGGAACGCGAAAUGAGAAUCAAGGAAAUCAUUGAUGAAAAACGUUUCUACCAGCUGGAACUGGUGAACCGGGAGACAAACUUCAACAAGGUUUUCAACUCCAGUCCAAACGUUGGGGUGCUCAACCCACUGACAUUCAACAACAAGAAAAAGAGAGGCGACAAGACUCCAAAGAAACACUUCAGUGCCCCGAGUCUGAACACUGGCGGGUUUCCCCAAAGACUCGACCCGUUACCUGGUUCCCCACUCCACGACGAGCGGUUCAACCCCACGAAGCCUCUUCCUCAACCAGUCUUCAGCAAGAAGUUCAUCAAAUGAUGACUGCUGGCUUGGUUUAGGUCAUCUUAAAAACACAUGGUGUGACUGUGUAAUACAAGGAGACAAUGUUUCAGAGUGGUACAUUGAAGUAAUGUGUGUAACAGUGUAGUAACAAAAAAACAAUGUUUCAGAGUGGUACAUUGAAGUAAUGUGUGCAACAAUGUAUGGUAUGAAUGUCUGAAUGAUGUCUUCCUGAAAUCAAAUGAUGAUUCAAGCCCUUCAAUCUAUGUCACAGCAUAUGGACUGACUCACAGGGACUUCCUGUUGCUGAAUAUUAGUUCAGUUAUAUCAUUGACACAUUAAAGAAUUUUCAAAAGGCAGGGGACAAUAUUUCUAAAUUUUAGGUAACUAAACGUUUAUUAAAAUGUUUACCUAGGAAACCAAUUGUCUGGCUAGGUGAAUUAUAUUUCUGUAACCAGUGAGUUACCUAAUCCUAACACACUUAUAUUAUGGUUCUGUGCUACAAUGACUUUCAUUGUGUAUUUUAAACAUGGAAUACUUGAAUGAAUAUAUCAGUUCACCACAUAACCCAUUGGCCAUUGAUAUAAAUUCGAAGUGGUGAAACAUGUAUCAUUAUGUGUGGGUUUCACUGGUUUUAUGACUUGCUCCAGUGAUUUCAAACACUCCAGUGGGAACUUUCAACAACAGUUAUGUCACACUAACACAGCUAUCAGUGCUUUAAAAUACUGGGGCAUUUUAUAACUAACUUUAAACACAAACAUGAAAUAAUAUAUUUUAAAAUUCAGCAAAAUGGAAGCAAAUGUUUGAUAUCUGGAUGAGGCCAUGCACUGUGACAUAGCUUUGAGACCCAUGUCUGUCCGUGUGUGGAUGUUGAAAAACAUCAACAUGUUUACAGUUUCGAGUUGAUGCACACCAGUUGAAAAACAUCAACAUGUUUCCAAUUUCGAGUUGAUACAUGUAUACACCAGUGGAAAAACAAACAUGUUUAUAAUUUCGAGUUGGUGCACACCAGUUGAAAAACAUCAACAUGUUUACAAUUUCGAGUUUUAUGUACACCAGUUGAAUAACAUCAACAUGUUUACAUUUUUUAGUUGAUGCACACAAGUUGAAAAACAAACAUGUUUACAAUUUCGAGUUGAUGUACACCAGUUGAAAAACAUCAACAUGUUCACAGUUUCGAGUUGAUGUACAGAUUUGAAAUAUUCAACACAUUUACAUAGAUUUGAGUAGAUGUACAUGGUUGAAAUACAUUGACACGUUUACACAGAUUCAAGUUGAUGUACAUGAUUAAAAAACAUGUUUACACACGUACGAUAUACAUGGUUGAAAUACAUCAACAUAUCUGAUGUACACUGUUGAAAAACAUCAACACAGUUUUCUCUUAACACUGAUGGUAAAUAUGCUUUAGCGUUGACUGCUUGCCAAAAAGUUUUUUUUAAAAUUUAUUUCACACUGCUGUGUCAAAAAUGUUAUUUUGUUUCCAUUUAUUUGCAUGCUUUUGUGUCCAAGUGUGCACUCAGUUCUGGGUUGGAGCAUGUACUAGGGUUCAAACCGAGCACCAGCCAACCUUGAAGCCGUUGAUUUUACAAAGUCUGUCAAAAAGUGGAUGAGGUUCUUACAAACUGUUAUCUGUCAGUUCCACCACUGUCACUGACAUUCAUCUUUAAAAAAGUAUUAUCAUUAUUGACGUCAAGUAGCACAAACAUUUGAAAUGGUGAUUCCCUUUGCAUGUUUGUUUUGUAAGUAUACAAGAAAAUCUUAUGUCAAAUGUCAUUUUAAACAAAUCGGUUACCAGCCGUUUAGCAAGGAGUCAAACGAUAUAUUUAGGCAGAGAGUAAUGCCAGCAUAUGCUUUUGAACUGAGAAAUAACUUGGCGAAAAACUUUCCAUGCAAUAUCAACAUGUUUUGGGGGUGGGGUUUUUUUUUUUUUAUGUAGGCUUUUUUGGAAGGGGAGGAAGGUAGCAAACAAAAAGAGUAUGCUUUGUACACUAGCAUAUACAUGCUUCUUGCAACCCAUUUUGUACUUAAAUUCUCAUUUCUGCGUAAGUUCUCUGCAUUAGGAUUAAAAAGUAUUGCUGUAAGAGCAUUAGUUAGAAGAAGUGAUUUAAGCUUUAGUUUAGUUUUGUUACACUAAAUAUUCUUCAUAUCAAAAGUAAGCAUUCUUUAACAAAUUUCAAAACAGUCCGUUUUAGCCGUAACAGGUUAUCACAUUCCUAGCUGAUAUGAAAUGUUUUACUUUUACAUCAGUGUCUACAUUUUAAUUGUACUAUUUUUUUUAUCUUUACAUCAAAUGCAUUUUAAUUUUUAUUUUAAAUUCUACAUUGAUUUAUUUUUAACCUGUGUGUACAUUCUUGGUUGAACAUAUCUUUUAUUUUAUUUAUUAAUUCCGCUUACAGCUGUACAAUGUGCCUUGACAUUAUUUUGUUUCAUACUUGAAUCAUUGUAAGGCAUUUAUGAUAUGACUUGUACCUGUUCCCUGUGUUUUGAUUAUUAUUUUGGGGACUUUAUUUUAUUUUUCUCUAUCUUUUCAUUUCUAGUAUGUUAAGUGGGGGAGGGAGGUGUUUUAAAUUCGGGAAAUUUGCUUAUUUUCGAAGCAAAUUCAAAUUAAGUUAAAUAUAACGAUUGGUUUUCCAUGUAUUUUAUCCAUAGCUGAAGUAAUGCUGUUCUUGGUAUAAUUAAUAUGUAAUUCUUCUACAUCCAACUAGUUUUAAUAAUCUUGUGUGUUUUUAUUAUCAGCAGGGGCGGGAUGUAGCCCAGUGGUAAAGCACCUGCUCGAUAUGCGGUCAGUUUGGGAUCGAUCCACAUCAGUGGGCUCAUUAGUCUCUUUCUCGUUCCAGCCAG